AUGAGAUCAAACGAGCUUCGGUCAUCUUCAUCGACGCUAUCGGCGGCUCCUAGUUUGGUUACAAUGAGUAAGGCCAGUAUUAACAACAGCAAAACUAGCCUUACGCACAGUCGACAGAGUGUGGCAGAAUCCAGCAAAGAGCCGAAACCCCCCACACGAGAGGAAAUCAUUUCGGAACUUUUAGACAAAGCCAAAUUCUACGCAUCGUUAUGUCUAGGAACAACCGCAAUUUUAUCAGUAUUCGCUUUUCUGUUUCUGAUACCGUUUGUGGUGGAUCCUGCCAUCUCUACCAUCGUGGCGGACUACGAUCCAGUGCCAGUUACCUGUGUAGUUACCGAUCAUGUAUGUGCUGAAGGCAUGCGAAACUGUACCUGGAGUUCAUGUCGAGAGGGUUGUACAACCGCAGCCGUGAAAUGCCAUCAGCUGCUUGUCAAUUACACCAAAAUUCCAUAUCAUGAUUGGCAAAAGCACCCGCGAGACCUCAACAGCGUCGAGUGGGACGUAAUGGAUACAAAAUUUCUCGUUAACACGGAAGGAUGCGGAUAUCCUCCACGGGUUAACUGUACCGAAUUUGCGAAGAAAUACGGAUACUCUCAUGUUGGGGAUCCCUUUCCUUGCUACUACAGUCGUGCCUAUCCCGAAAUGGUGGUCGCUCGUUACUCCUGGGAUGACAAUCUGAAGCAUCUUAUACUUUCGUUGAUUAUUCCAAACGUCCUAUUUGCUGUCUCGAUUGGAGUGCUCAGCUAUUGGUACUGUCCGUGUUGUGACAAGGCGUGCCACAAAUCACCACGUGUCUACGCAGAAAAGUAUCCCACUAAAGAAAACAAACUUCUGUGCCGUAGUGACGAUGAGGAAGACGAGCUAGACUACUGAAUUUUGUUCGAUAUUUCACCUUGCAGCGGCAGAAUUUUCCAAAUAAUAGCGAAAAACAACAUUUUCACCACACUCAACACACCACUUGUUUCUUUAGUUAUCGCGAAAAUGGCUAGCUUCGAACUUACACAUCAAAAGCAAUUGAUGCAAAAAAUUUCCCAGUUCUGACAGUAACAACUUUUCGUAUAUAAUAUUUUAUAUUUUUCGAUUAGAUUUGUUUUGCAACUGCAUGUUCUUUCUUACAAAUAUUAUUCGGCAAGUUCUAAUGCCACUGUAGUUCGAUACAUUAUUCGCUUGAAUAAUUGCAAUUCCAUCAGAUUCUAACAUCAUGCGUUGCUUCCACGAAUUCAAAUUAAGUUGAUUUAUAUGAGCAUGAUUUUCUCAUUGUGGACACAGCAUCGCUGCAUAUCGUUGAAAUAUCGACGCGCUGUCUUUAAAAUGUUUAAUAGAAUUAGUGCUUCUUUUCACGCAAAAACUUCCUGUAAAUAUUGUAUAAAGCAAAAAUAAUCGAUCCAAUGUACAUAGAACCGAAAAAACGCGUCAUAAUUUAGAACCUAUCGGGAAAUUGUGACGUUUUGAAUAUGUUGUGUGAUAACAACAGAACAAAAUCUUAAUAUAAGCCGAAUCACAGUUUUCCUGCACACUCCUGUAGAAGCGAACAUAGUUAAAAUUUUACAUUCCUCGACCAAUAUUUACAAGAAUUAUAUGAAUCCUUCCAAACACGUUGUAUAGUUUCAUUUUUUUGAUAAACUUUACAAUACUUUUUUAGUUUUUUUUCCUUAAAAAACACUUCACAUGUUACAUUUGCUAAUCCUUAUUUACAUACUUUCUUUCCUCUCCCAACACACCCUAUUCCGUUGAUAAUCAACAUAAACCAAAAACACAAAUAACAAACAACACGUGUCAUCAAAUUUUGGUAAACAAAAAGAAAAGAGUCUUGGAGCAUUGAUCGUCCAGAAGAUUAUAUAAGCAAAAUUUAGGUUCGAGCUGUACAUCGGGACCCGAGUAACCAGCAGCAACUAUGGAGCGUCGCUUCAAAUCGAUGAACUCUUAUUCAAUCACAUAACAUUCUAGAUGUUUACUUCAUCAGGUAUUUCAAACAACAGCACCGGUAAAUUUUUCUAAGCUUUUUUGAAUCAUAAGAUUUUUUUUCGUUAAUCGAUACAUUGCAAUAGGAAAACCACUUUAAGCUCAGAAUUUAACAGUUAUCUCGCAUAUAUUUUAACGAUAGUUAGUAUUCGUACAUGGAUCCGUGUGGGAUCAAACUCGUUAAGUGCUUCAAAGUUUGAUAUUUUAACUCAAUCCAGAAGAGUUAGGAACACGCGCUACUUGAAAAAUGAGAGAGCAUAUUUUUAAAUAGACUAGCAAAUAAAGUACGCUUGACCAUUUUGGUAUUGUCCUCAUGAUACGAAAUCG